GCUAGGAAUUGUGCAAGGAGGGUUCAGACCCCGCUGGAGACGGGGCUUUUCCAUGUUGGGACCAAAGGAACCAGCCCUCUGUCUGGCCAGAGGGACCCUGGAUUGUGGCAAUUCUCUAGCUGCCCGCCCCCCCUCCGCCGCCCCGGGGGGGAGGGAGGAGCCCCUGAGGGCCUAUAGGCCUUGCCCCUGACCGGGGGUGCCCGGCCCAAGCCUGCUCCAGCGUUCACAAGUCAGGGGCCGCAAAUCUUUAACUGGACACAUUGAUCAUUAACAGGGGUAGGAAGGAGUCCAAACUCAGCUUCACUCGGGGCAGAGACCAGCUGGGCCUCAGGCCUCCUGUUGAGAUGCUUUCCCCCAGAGUGUGGUUCUCUGUGAGGCGAGGACUGAGCAGGAGCUUGUCCAGGAAUGUUGGGAGCCGGACGUCAGGGGAGGGGAGGAAGGUGGACAUUGCGGGCAUCUACCCCCCAGUCACCACCCCCUUCACUGCCACUGCAGAGGUGGAUUAUGGGAAACUGGAGGAGAAUCUGCACAAAUUGGGCACCUUCCCCUUCAAAGGCUUCGUGGUCCAGGGCUCCAAUGGCGAGUUCCCCUUCCUGACCAGCAGUGAGCGCCUGGAGGUGGUGAGCCGCGUACGCCAAGCCACGCCCAAGGACAAGCUCCUGCUUGCUGGCUCUGGCUGCGAGUCCACUCAAGCCACAGUGGAGAUGACCGUGAGCAUGGCCCAGGUUGGGGCUGAUGUGGCCAUGGUGGUGACCCCUUGCUACUAUCGUGGCCGAAUGAGCAGUGCUGCCCUCAUUCACCACUACACCAAGGUUGCUGACCUCUCCCCAAUCCCUGUGGUGUUGUACAGUGUCCCAGCCAACACGGGGCUGGACCUGCCUAUGGAUGCAGUGGUCACACUGUCCCAGCACCCGAAUAUUGUGGGCAUCAAGGACAGCGGUGGUGAUGUGACCAGGAUUGGACUGAUUGUUCACAAGACCCAGAGGCAGGAUUUCCAGGUGUUGGCUGGGUCUGCUGGCUUCCUGCUGGCCAGCUAUGCCUUGGGAGCUGUGGGGGGAGUGUGUGCCCUGGCCAAUGUCCUGGGAUCCCAGGUGUGCCAGCUGGAGCGACUCUGCCUCACAGGGCAAUGGGAAGACGCCCAGAAGCUGCAGCACCGACUCAUUGAGCCAAACACUGCGGUGACCCGGCGCUUUGGGAUUCCAGGGCUGAAGAAAACCAUGGACUGGUUUGGCUACUAUGGAGGCCCCUGCCGUGCCCCACUGCAGGCAUUGAGCCCCACUGACGAGGAGGCACUGCAUGCGGAUUUUACCAACAACGGCUGGCUCUGAGAGCCAGGUGAGAAUCGGCCAGGUCUGAGCCCAUCUCAGCCUCUAGCCUUACACCUGCCACCUGAAGGGGAGCACAGGGG